AUGUAUCGGACGGUGAAGACCACAGACAGAGCAGCAGCUUCUUCAGGCCAAUCAGAUUUAUACGAAAAUGCUUCAUCUGGGGACACAAGCAAUAUUGAAGAUAUAAUAUUUGACAUUCAAAAGCCAGCCAUGGGAAGGCCAAAUGAGAACUCAGGUCAACAAGGCAGGCAAAACCCUCAUCAAGAUAAGGACUAUCAUGCCCUCUGGAGCAAUUCUUCAAGGGAAGCUUGGUUGCAUGGUUUGCCUAAUGAUUCUUCUAAGGACCUUUCUUCGUCUCUCGAGAAUGAUAUGGAUCCAAAGUGCUCAAACAAUGAGAGGCUAUCAGAAAUAAGCUCAUCGACAGAUCUUUGUGGAGGGACAAAUAAUCCUCAGAAGCCAAAUUUGGAAUUCACAUUAGGAAGGCCAGUUUGAUGAAACCCAAAUUAAAACAGAUGCUUAGUUUCUACUCAUUUUGAUAUGAUUAUAUCUCAAAACAAAAGUUGAAGUUGAAGUUAGUGCCUCUGAGGAAGGAAAAAAGAAAAAAAAAAGAAAAAGAAAGUAAAAGAAAGAGAAAAAAGAGAGCUAAAGAAAGACAAGCAGACAAGAAAGACAGAAAGCAACAAAAAAGCAGGUCCUAAUUCCUAUCAACCUUUGAGGUCCUAAAUCAUCUUAUUUUAUUUAAGCAAUUAAAUAUAUGAAUCUAAUUGAUUUUUGUU